AAGAGUGAUGAUGUCACAAGGACAUGUGAUGAUGUCACAAGGACAUGUGAUGAUGUCACAAGCACAUGCCUUUGAGCCUUUGAAGUUUUUCUAUAAAUAGGGGUCAGGAGCAGCAAGUUUUAGUCAGUUUGUUCGCAGCCUUCAAACGUUCGACCAGAGCUAUAUUUGAAAGUAUUUGUAAACCUCUGUAACAUCACGCUCCAAAGCCCUGUGACGUUUCUGUGUUCUGUGACGUUGUCCCAAAGAAAGACCUUUAAAUGCGAUAAAUAGCCUAAACGUUUUCGUUUAUGACUAGUUUACCGUGUUAUGACUGUGAACAGGGGGGAAGUCGCGCAAGAGAAAUGUCGACCAAAACAAUUGCAAGUAAGCCAAAGUCAGUUCCUAAAAGUCAACCCGCAGGUGUUUCCACCACCAUCAGACCCUCCACUUCUGUAAGACCUCCAUUAAGAAUAACUGAUGCAAAGAAAACCGCUCGGGUGGGAAAAACUCAGAAUGGAAGACCGGCAGCUGUGAAACAGCCCCCGAAGAGGGAUAUGAAAAAGAAUGUGGACAGUAAACUGGUCAGCUUAAUUACAAAUGAAAUUGUAUACAGUGGAGCGACUGUGUCAUUUGAUGACAUCGCAGGGCAGGAUCUGGCAAAGCAAGCACUUCAAGAAAUUGUCAUCCUUCCUGCCUUAAGACCUGAUCUCUUUACUGGUCUGAGAGCUCCUGCACGUGGCUUGCUUUUAUUUGGCCCACCAGGAAAUGGGAAGACCAUGCUCGCCAAAGCAGUUGCUGCAGAGUCUAAUGCAACAUUCUUCAACAUCAGUGCUGCUAGUUUGACCUCCAAAUAUGUGGGAGAAGGCGAGAAGCUCGUACGAGCACUCUUUGCAGUUGCAAGAGAGAGACAGCCCUCAGUAAUCUUCAUCGAUGAAGUGGACGGCUUGCUCUGUCAAAGGAGGGAGGGGGAGCACGACGCCUCUCGCCGUUUAAAAACUGAGUUCCUCAUUGAGUUUGACGGGUUGCAGUCAGGAAAGGAUGACAGAGUACUUGUAAUGGGAGCAACGAACAGGCCCCAGGAGCUCGAUGAAGCAAUAUUAAGGCGCUUUGCAAAAAGAGUAUAUGUGACCUUACCCGAUGAGAAGACAAGAUUUACGCUGCUGAAAAAUCUUUUGGGAACGCACGGGAGUCCACUGAGCCAAGACGAACUGUCCUGUCUUGCAAAAGUGACUGAAGGAUAUUCAGGGAGCGAUUUGACAGCAUUAGCCAAAGAUGCUGCACUUGGCCCAAUAAGAGAGUUGGCACCAGAACAAGUCCGUGUUAUAGCUGCUGCUGAGGUGCGCAACAUUAAGAUAAAAGACUUUGAGGAUUCUCUGAAGCAAAUCAAACCAACUGUUAGUCCAGCAACUCUUAACAUGUACACCAAAUAGAACAAAGAUUUUGGUGGUCCUUCUUCAAUAAAUCCAAAUCCAGUCAGGCUGGAUGAAACAGAGUGCAAAAAUAAAGAGCUUCUUCAAGAGAAAGAGCAACAGGAAAAAGAAAAAAAACGUAUUCUCCAGGACUUGGAGAGAAGAAAUCUACAACUGAACAAAUUAAUACAAUGAAGGACAGAACACCUGAACUGGAAGGAGAAGUAUUGGAAAAACGAUGUUCAAAGAUGCAGCGUAGGAUCAAUGAAAUGGCGAAAAAACACUCAGAGGUCAUUAAUGAGAUGUUGUUGAACUCAGACAACUUGAAGUGUGAAAACGCUGAAAUGCUUGCACAAAAGCAGCAACAAGAGAAAAUAAAUGAAGACCUGCAGCGUAAGCUUCAAGAAAUCACAAGAAGAAAUGAGCAGUUAGAAAAGAUGCACAAGGAAAAACAACAGCAAAAUACAGACAAGUGCAAUCUAUUAAAAGAAAUGGAGCAAAGAUGCCAGAAACUUGAGAAGGAAGUUGAAGAAACAACCGAUCAGUUGAGAACCCUCAUCCUAGAGAAAAAAGUGGUCGUGGAAAAGCUCAUGGAAAAGAAGAAAAAACGUUUCCGCUUCUUCUGGAGGAGGGACACUCCUGCUUUUUCUACUUUUUCUAUUUUUUCUACUGCUGACGUCACCUCGUCUCCCUCCACCUCUGUUCCAUCUUAAUUUUCACCUCUCCUCUCCCCUUCUCUCCUAACACUUCUUCCCUCUCUCCUUCAUCUUUUUUCACCCCAACCAGUCCCGGCAGUUGACUGCCCCUCGUGAGCCUGGUUCUGCCGGAAGUUUCUGCCCGUUUAAAGGCAGUUUUUCUUCCCCACUGUCGCCUAGUGCUUGCUCAGAGGGGAUUGUUGGGGUUUUCUCU